UCCGAUGGCUUCAGAAGAGUGCCAGAGCUCAGAGCAAACGGAUCGGAUCAUCCAAGUAGAGAAGACUCAACACCAAGAACACAAUUAAGUUUGCACUUGAUCUGCUCGAACUGAUCCCACAAAGCUGCCGAAAAAUGUGGCGGGCGAUUCAACAGCGCGCAACAAUCGCGCAUCCGUUCACCAGACAACGCCAUAGUCGUGUGAUUGCCAUUCGGCGAGAGGAUCAGUCUGUGUGGGAGCGAAGAGCUCCUUUUGGACCCACCCACGUCCAGAAGUUGGUCAAGCAGAAUGUCAAGGUCAUUGUGCAGCCCUCCAAUCGCCGUGCAUAUCCCAUGCAGGCUUACAUGCAAGCUGGUGCUCACAUUCAGGAGGACAUAAGUGAUGCAUCUGUGAUUUUUGGAGUAAAACAAGUCCCCAUUGAUGCUCUAAUUCCCGGCAAGACUUACUGCUUUUUCUCGCACACCAUAAAGGCGCAAGAAUCGAAUAUGCCCCUUCUGGAUGCAAUUUUGGAAAAGAAAAUCCGCCUAAUCGACUACGAACGAAUUAUAGAUGAACGCGGAGCUCGUCAGGUGGCUUUUGGAAAAUAUGCUGGAGUAGCUGGUAUGGUGAACAUCCUGCAUGGAAUUGGAUUGCGUCUUUUGGCAUUGGGACAUCACACACCCUUCAUGCACAUUGGACCCGCCCACAAUUAUCGUAAUUCCUCGAUGGCUCGUCAGGCGAUCCGGGAUUGUGGUUACGAAAUCUCGCUUGGCAUGAUGCCCAAGUCGAUUGGACCACUUACCUUUGUGUUCACUGGCUCUGGAAACGUUUCCCAAGGAGCGCAGGAGGUGUUUUCCGAGCUGCCCAUAGAGUAUGUCCCGCCAGAAAUGCUGCGAAAGGUGGCUGAACAUGGAAAUCAAAACAAGCUCUAUGGUUGCGAGGUGAGUCGCUCGGAUCAUCUGGAGCGACGCGAAGGCGGUGGCUUCGAUGCCAAGGAGUACGAUGAGUUCCCCGAACGCUACAUCUCCACUUUCAGCACGAAGAUUGCUCCUUAUGCCUCAGUCAUCGUGAAUGGCAUCUACUGGGCAGUUGGGAGUCCCAAGUUGAUCAGCAUUCCGGAUGCCAAGAACCUGCUACGUCCUGCAAAUACUCCCUGGUUGCCAACGAGCAAGGGAAGUCCCGCGUUGCCGCAUCGCAUGCUGGCCAUUUGCGACAUUUCCGCAGAUCCCGGCGGCUCCAUUGAGUUCAUGAACGAGUGCACCACGAUCGACACUCCGUUCUGUUUGUACGAUGCGGAUAGGAACAAGGACACCAAGAGCUUCAAGGGACCAGGAGUGCUGGUCUGCUCGAUCGACAAUAUGCCCACGCAGUUGCCCAGGGAGUCUACGGAUCUGUUUGGAGAGCUGUUGACACCGCACGUCCAUGACAUCAUCAAGAGCGAUGCCAAGAAGCCGCUGGAGGAGGAGCAGUUCUCGUAUCCCAUUCAAUCGGCCAUUAUCGCCAGCAACGGUCAGCUGACCGAGGGCUUCCAGUACAUUCAGGAGCUCCGAGAGUCGCAGAACCACCGAUCGCGUCACAAGAUGGAAGGACGAUCCGAGUCGAACAAGAAGGUCCUCGUCUUGGGAGCUGGAAUGGUCUCCGCUCCUCUGGUGGAGUGGCUGCAUCGCGAGAAGGACGUUAGCAUCACGGUUUGCUCCCAGGUCAAAGAGGAAGCUGAUCGCCUGGCCCAACAGUACGCCGGUGUGGAUAGCGUCUAUUUGGAUGUGAACGAGAGCACCGAUCACAUGCAGGAGCUGUGCGGCAAGGCGGAUGUGGUGGUCUCCCUGCUGCCCUACAGCCUGCAUGGAAUGGUGGCACGCUACUGCGUGGCAGAGGGAACCCACAUGGUCACGGCCAGUUACCUCAACGACGAGAUCUCCGCCUUGCACGAGGAGGCCAAGACCAAGGGAGUGACCAUCAUGAACGAGGUGGGCUUGGACCCGGGAAUCGAUCACCUUUUGGCCCUGGAGUGCAUCCACGAGGUGCAGGACAAGGGAGGCGUUGUCGAGUCCUUCGUGAGCUACUGCGGUGGCCUGCCGGCACCGGAGCACUCCAACAACUCCUUGAGGUACAAGUUCUCCUGGUCACCGAGAGGCGUGCUCCUGAACACCCUCUCCGCGGCCAAGUAUCUGAGUCAGGGACAAAUCGUGGAGAUUUCCGGUGGCGGUGAGCUGAUGUCAUGUCCCCGCAGCCUGGACUUCCUGCCCGGUUUCGCGCUGGAGGGUUUCCCCAACAGGGAUUCCACCAAGUACGGUUCUCUCUACGGUUUGGGCCGGGAUGUCCACACCCUGCUGCGUGGAACCAUCCGCUACAAGGGCUUCUCCGAGUCCAUUAAGCCCAUGCAACUGCUGGGCUUGAUCGAUGCAGAGCCACAUGCUCUGCUGCAUCCCAGUGGACCGGAUGUCACGUGGCGCCAGCUGGUCAUCCAUCUGCUGGGCAUGUCCGAUUCGAGCAUCUUCUACGAGAACCUCAAGCAGAAGCUGAACGAGCGCAUUGGCGAUGUGGAGGGCAUCGAGAGCCUAGGUCUGCUGGACGACACUCCCGUGGUCAAACUGAACACUCCGCUGGACACGCUGAGUCACUAUCUCUCCAAGAGAUUGGCUUUCGAGCGGGAUGAGCGUGAUUUGGUGGUUCUGCGCCAUGAGGUGGGCAUCCGUUGGCCCGAUGGUCGUCGUGAGGAGCGUGGCAUCAACUUUGUGGUUUAUGGACAGCCACAGGGUCAUUCCGCCAUGGCAAUGACAGUGGGCAAGCCAGCGGCAAUUGCUGCCAAAAUGAUCCUGGAUGGUGAAAUCCAGGAACGCGGAGUCCUGCUGCCCUUCACACCCGACAUCUAUCGACCAAUGCUGCAACGUCUGCGCUCCGAGGGUCUGACUGCCACGGAGACCUCCAGAUGGUUGAACUAAGUAGUCUGAACUGAUCCCGAUCGCAUCCUAGCCAUAAGUCUUAUUGAUUGAUUUUUUAAUUUUUUUUCGAACAGCCCACCGCGUCGUGUCAAUUUUCUUGUCUUAUUUAUCGCUCAGGUUUUUCGUUGUUCGAUAAGACCGUAAUUAUGUUAUCUUAGUACUGAAAUAAGUUUUAUGACUGGAGCUACUUGAAGUGCGUAAACAAGUUAAGGUUGUUGUCGACUUUGUGAAAUAUGUUUCCUCUAUGUGAAUUAAUUAUAAACUGACUGUGAACGAUUGCGGAACUUUUGAUUAAAAGAAUAAAUAUUUAUGGAACUAAA